AUGGCUGUUGCUGCAUCAAAUUCCCUCUCCCGUCAAGAGACCUGGAGUCUCUUGUUCCUCGCAGGCGCCUGUCUCGGCGUGCUGGUCAAUACGUUUGAGGGAGAGGGUGCCCCCUUGGUGUCAUCCAUUGCAUUCAGUGGAAUCUCAUUCGCUGUGACCUUCACAAUGAUAAGAUGGCUUGGCCCUGUCUUUAUUCGAGCCGGCUUGAGCGGGAAAGACAUGGCCAAACCAAACCGUCCAGUUAUACCGGAAACUAUGGGCGCCGUCUGUGCGGUAGUGUAUCUCCUGGUACUCAUCUUCUUCAUUCCUUUUGCUUUCUACAAGGACAUCGUGGCAGCCACUUCGGGCGGCGGCAACCGCGAUGUCGUCCUUGAAGUUCACCAUGUGGAAACGGGCCGUAGUCUGCACAGAUUUCCUCAUGAGAAGCUUGCAUCGUACCUUUCCGGUCUCUUGUCACUCCAAUGCAUUGUCAUUCUUGGGAUCGGCGAUGAUCUUCUUGACAUCCGGUGGAGACACAAAGUACUAAUCCCAGCUUUCGGUGCCAUCCCAAUGCUUAUGGUCUACUUUGUGGACUUUGGUGUUACGCAUGUCGUUGUCCCAGUGCCGUUGCGGCCGUACCUCGGCGCCUUCCUUGACCUUGGCCUCUUGUACUACGUCUACAUGGCCGCAGUUGCUAUCUUCUGCCCAAACUCGAUCAACAUGCUAGCGGGAAUCAACGGGGUCGAGGUUGCUCAAUCGCUUGUGAUUGCUGUCUUACUUAUGAUCAACGAUGCGCUGUAUCUGAUUACACCGUCCCGGCACCCUGCAACGGAUUCCCACCUUUUCUCUCUCUAUUUUCUACUACCGUUCGUGGGAGUCUCGUUAGCACUACUGUGCCACAACUGGUAUCCGUCCAAAAUAUUCAAUUUUGUUUACUCAGUGCCGCAGCUUUUUCACAUCAUCCCCUGCCCUAGGCACAGGCUCCCCAAGUUCAACGCAAAGACUGGAUUGGUGGACGCUUCGGUGACUGAAUGGAAUGUUCCUCCUUCGCCCUUGCUCGCCAUGGCUCUAGAGCUACUGCACAGCCUCCGCCUGGCGAGGGUCCGAAAAAAUGAACAAGGCCAGAUUGUCGAAUCAAGCAAUCUGACCAUUCUCAACUUGUGGCUGGUAUGGAUGGGCCCCAUGAGGGAAGAUCGGCUGGCGUUGAGCAUGGUAGCUGUUCAAGCUGAGAACCCUAGCUACCUCUAA